AUGUCUAUGGUCGAGGAAGCAAGAGAUCAUGUGAAGAAGGCUCAGGAAGCGUUACAUCCGUCAAUUUGGCGACUACAGUUCUCUCCGGACUACUUAGUAGCCGCUCUGGAACUCUCUCAAGCGGCAGCGUGUUUCCAAUCAGCUUCCUUGAACGACCAAGCGGCCAAAGCAUGGCUGAAGGCAGCAGAACUUAGGAAGACUAACCUCCGAGAUUUCCAAGGAGCUGCUCGUAACUUCGAGUCGGCUGGGCAGCUGGUGCACAACCCGGAACAUUACAAAUCGGCUGCUGAUUCUUACUUGGCAGCUGGGAAGGCUGACCAAGCUGCUCGUGCCUGGACUAAGGUAGCGGGGAUACUAGCGAAGACGGAUCCUGAAGGGGCCACUGAUGCGUAUAGAAAAGUGGUGGACAUCUAUAGGGCCGACGGAGAUGUCAAGCAUGGAGGAAAUGCCUAUGCAUUGGAAGCAUUGCGAGUAUACCAGGACUGGUUAUUGUCACGGCAUGAACUCGAGAAGUGGCUGGAAGCAUCGAAGGAGAGCAGUACACUCCUUGAAGCUGCAGGGCUCUACGCAUCAACCCAUAAGGAGCUGCUAGCUCGAGUGGUCGUGCUACUCUCGACGGGUGACAGUGUAAGGGCGGACGAAGUCCUGGCAUCUUGUCUUAACGUGAAUGGAUUUCUAGCCUCUGAGGAGAUGGCUGCUGGUGAGGGUAUGGUCAUCGCCUACCGUAACAAUGACGCUGAGGCCUUACAGGAUGCUGUGAAUAAAAACUGUGUCAAGUUUUUGCCUAUCGAGAUAGUCAAAAUAGCGAAGUCGUUGAAGGUCGCGGAGCUCCCAUCCCCGUCUCGGUCACCUGGGGGGAACCCAGGUCCAGAGAACGAUGCUACAGAUGCCGCUGAACCUACUCCAGAGGGACUUGGUGCGUUAUUACUCUAA